AGGCCGAAACUGGAAAGACACUCGGGGAUUAAAGGUCCGGUGUGGGGUUUGAGUUGGGAGAGGCUGGGAAUAGAGUCGAUGCUGUUAGCCCAUUGCCUGGUUUCUUUCAGCUUAGUUGUUUACCCAUUGGGAGUUAUUUCAUUAUUCUUCCCAUAUCUUCGGGUCGCAUGUUUCCCUGUUGAGAGAGAUCAUUUUUUUGGCUAUCUCCUGCUAAAGUUUGGAGAAAUGGAACUUUUGUGCUGAGAACGCGAGCUUUGCAGUCAGUUUUGAAUUCCUCUGCCUGCUCAUAAUCCUGCGCGUAUUAAUUUCUCCCGGCUGGGGUUUCUUCAUCUGUAAAAUAAGAGUAAGUAAUACUUCCUAGGGUUGUUGCAAAGGUUAUAAUAAAGUAACAGGUAUAAAUGAAGUAACGUGUGAAGUUUUUAUUAUCGUGUCCAGUUUGGGGGGUAAGUGCGCCGUAUGUUUUGGGGGGUUUUGUUCUUUAUUUCGUCCUUUAGGCCUAUGCAUAGUGUUUGAAAAAGUACAGAUUAGGAAUUGAAAACCUUUUAGCUUUCCCUGAGAAAAAUGAGGGUGUUUGGAUUUGUGAUACUCAGUAUUUCAAUCUGGUUUCAGGGACUAACAAUGGACACCCAAAAGGACGUCCAGCCCCCAAAGCAGCAGCCGAUGAUAUAUAUCUGUGGAGAAUGUCACACAGAAAAUGAAAUAAAAUCCAGGGAUCCAAUCAGAUGCAGAGAAUGUGGAUACAGAAUAAUGUACAAGAAAAGGACCAAAAGAUUGGUGGUUUUUGAUGCUCGAUGAAACAUGGAAUUCAGAAGAAUAUCUUUGUUCGCAUUUGGAUUUGCUGUUAAUGUUGUAUAGCUUUUGAUUAGUGUACUUAUCUUUAUUAAUGCAACUAUAAACACACAGUUUCAGCUUAAAAACAAUAAUGUAUUUAGGUAUAUAUUAAUAGUUUAUAUAAAUUUAUUUUUUGUUCAAUUACAUGAUAUGUGAUAUAAGUUUAUUGUAUACGUCAUCUGACAUGAUGAAGGUUAAAACUGCUUCCCCAAACCACACUUUUAAUUAAAACCUAGAAUUAUUGGGGUCCUUGUUAAAAAUAAAGUUCUCUGGGGCUCUCUAUAGGUCUGAUUAAGUCCAUUCCUUGGAAACCACUGUUUUAUAUUAUCAACUGUUUGUAAAGUCUCCUGCCUCAUUUUGUAUGGAGUAUAGCACUGCACUUACUGUCAGUGUGCAUACAUCGUUUUUCAUUUGUUGCUUGAAGUAGGCCUUCCUGUAUUUUUUUUUCUUUUCUUUUUUAAUGCCACUGACCAGAAUUGAACCAUGAUUUUCUGGAUCAUAGGUCAGUGCUCAACUGCUGAGCCACGCUGGCUGAGCUAACAUUUCUUUUAACUUCAGCUUCACUGUCAAAGUGGAAGAAUUAAAUGAUGGUCAUUACAGUGCUUUUGAGACUCUGAAGCUAUCUUAAGAGAUUUAAGGUAUGAAAAAUUCAAAAAUAGUAUAUGAAAUCAGAAAUGACCAGUCCUAAGGAAUAAUAAAUGUCUCUUAUUGGCAGUGUGAAGCUGCCCAGACCAGG